AUGUCAUGUGUCACUUACGGCAAACAUUUGUUAACCUAACAAUGCAAGUGAUAAACUGUGUGAUAAACAAAACGAUUUUGCUGGUUUAUCUGGUUUAAUCAAGGUGUAUCAUUAGUUUAAACUAAUUCCGAAUGAAUAUAUUCGUGUAACAAGCGAUUACAUUAUCAAGAAAAGUAUAACAAAAUGUUUUCCAUUUGUAAACAGAGCCAUCCAGCCACUGGGGUGGAACAUGCAAUAUCAUGUUAUUUUUUCAAUAAAGUUGAAAAGUCCUUAAUUACUGCUGGUGCCAAUAUAAUGAAAGUAUUUAGAUUGAUCCCAGAUAUUGAUCAGAAAGCUAAAACAGAAAGAUAUUCAGAGUUCUUUCCCCCAAAGUCUAAACUGGAAUGUGUUGCUCAAUAUCAGCUUUAUGGAAACAUACUAUCUCUACAAUCUGUAACUUUUGCAAAUUCUCAAAGGGAUGCCUUACUGUUGGGUUUUGCUGAUGCGAAGCUUUCAGUUGUGGAAUAUGAUCCAGAAAACCAUGACCUUAGGACCUUGAGCUUGCACUACUUUGAAGAAGAAGAUAUGAAGGAUGGAUGGACUCAUCAUCACCAUAUUCCAAUGAUACGAGUGGAUCCAGAAAAUCGUUGUGCUGUAAUGUCAAUUUUUGGCAGAAAACUUGUUGUGCUACCCUUUCGACGAGAAAGUUCCAUAGAGGACAAUGAUGGUGAUGUUAAGCCUAUAUUGGGUGCAACUGGCAUUACAAAAGCACCCAUACUGUCAUCAUACAUGAUUGUACUCAAAGAAGUUAUUGACAAAGUAGAUAAUAUCAUUGACAUACAAUUUCUGUAUGGAUAUUAUGAGCCUACACUAUUGAUAUUGUAUGAACCUUUAAAAACAUUUUCUGGACGUGUUGCUGUGAGAACAGACACAUGCGCAAUGGUAGCUAUAUCGUUGAAUCUUCAGCAAAAAGUGCAUCCUGUGAUUUGGAGUUCAACUAAUCUGCCAUUUGAUUGUGUGAGAGCUGUUCCAAUAAAGAAACCUAUUGGUGGAACACUCAUCCUUGCUGUGAACUCUUUAAUCUAUCUGAACCAGAGUGUCCCUCCUUAUGGUGUAUCUUUGAACUGUAUUGCUGAGAAUAGUUCAAACUUUCCAUUGAAGCCGCAGGAAGAUAUUAUGAUAGCUCUGGAUUGUUGUCAAGUUGGAUUUCUUGAAGAGGACACCUUGGUAUUAUCUUUGAAGGGCGGGGAGCUUUAUGUAUUGACACUUUUAGCUGACAGUAUGCGAUACAUUAGAAGUUUUCAUUUUGAAAAGGCUGCAGCUAGUGUGCUAACUACUUGUAUAUGUGUAUGUGAAAAUAACUUCCUUUUCUUGGGAUCACGCCUGGGUAACUCACUGCUGUUGAGAUUUACUGAAAAGUGUAAUGAAGUAAUAACUUUAGAUGACACAGAUCAACCAGCUCCUCCAAAAAGGACAAGGACUGGUAAUGAGCAGACAGAUAAAUAUUUGGAUUCCUUGAAUGAUUGCAUUGCAAGUGAUGUUUUGGAUAUUAGAGAUCCAGAGGAGCUAGAAGUGUAUGGCAAUCAAAAGCAAGCAGGUGUACAGAUCACAAGUUACGUAUUUGAGGUAUGUGACAGUUUAUUGAAUAUUGGUCCAUGUGGUCAAAUUUCAAUUGGAGAACCAGCAUUCCUAAGUGAAGAGUUCCACAGCAACACUGAUUUAGAUCUGGAACUAGUAACAACUUCAGGCUAUGGUAAAAACGGAGCAUUGUGUGUCCUCCAGAGAACUAUGAAACCUCAAAUUGUCACUACAUUCACUUUACCUGGCUGUUCAAAUAUGUGGACAGUUAAAAGUGGUGAGGAUAAGCAUGCAUUCCUGAUACUGAGUCAAGAAGAUGGAACAAUGGUGUUACAAACGGGACAAGAAAUUAAUGAAAUCGACAAUACUGGAUUCGCUACAAAUGGACCAACAGUGUAUGCUGGAAAUCUCGGCAACAAUAGGUAUAUUGUUCAAGUAACAACAGUAGCAGUAAGACUGCUUCAAGGAGCUAAUCAGUUGCAACACGUGCCGAUGGAUUUAGGAUCGCCCAUCGUCCAUGUGUCAAGCGCGGAUCCUUAUAUAUCGGUGAUGACAACUGACGGUCAAGUUAUAACUUUGAUGUUGAGGGAGGCCAGAGGCUCAGCUAAGUUGGUGGUCAGCAAAUCGACAUUGGCAAAUAAUCCGCCAGUUUCUACAAUUUGUAUGUACAAAGACACUUCAGGUUUGUUUACGAACAAAAUUCCAGAAGAGUUCACGCAAAUUCCGCAACAUGUGAUCAACGAAUCUGAUCUGAAGUGUGAAGUGGAAAAUGAAGAUGAUAUGUUGUAUGGCGACACUGACUUCAAAAUGCCUUCUUUGAAUCUUCCGACACCAAAACCAAAGGUUUACUACAAUUGGUGGAAAAAGUAUUUCACACCAAGUAAACCAACUUACUGGUUAUUUGUGGUGAGAGAUAACUCGAAUUUGGAAGUAUAUUCGAUUCCUGACUUCAAACUAAGCUUUUACGUGACAAAUGUCUGUUUUGGCCAUAAGGUUUUAGUGGAUAGCCUUGAGUCGGUGACCCUAAACCCAAUCUCUCCACCAAGUGACCUGCACAUGCAAGAAAACUAUCAGGUGAAAGAACUGCUUAUGAUCGGUUUAGGAAACAACGGAGCUCGGCCUGUGCUGUUAGUGAGAUUACAGAAAGAUUUGUACAUUUAUGAGGUAUUCAGAUUCCCUAGGGGAAACUUGAAAUUGCGGUUCAAGAAGAUGAAGCACAACAUCAUAUAUCAGCCCAAUACGUCAGGCUUGAUUGAAACUGAAAAUUCUGAUUUCUUUUCUGUGCAAGACCGAAUAGUGAGGCUGCGAUAUUUUGACAACAUCGCCGGUUAUAAUGGUGUAUUUCUUUGUGGAGCCAAUCCGCAUUGGAUAUUUUUGACGGCAAGGGGAGAUUUGAGAACACACGUUAUGUCUAUUGAUGGCGAGGUACUGAGUUUUGCCGCUUUCAACAAUGUCAAUUGCCCUCAAGGAUUUUUGUAUUUUAAUAAAAAGUCUGAACUACGAAUUGGUGUUUUGCCCACUCAUCUGAGUUACGAUUCACCAUGGCCUGUGAGAAAAGUACCUUUAAGAUGUACACCUCAUUUUGUAACAUACCAUCUAGAGUCAAAAACGUAUUGUUUGGUGACGAGCUUAGCGGAACCUUCCAGCUCAUAUUAUAAAUUCAAUGGAGAAGAUAAAGAAUUAUCAGUCGAGGAUAAAGGCGACAGGUUUCCUUAUCCACUUCAAGAGAGAUUCAGUCUGUGCCUGUUUUCGCCAGUGUCAUGGGACAUAAUCCCAAAUACAAAAUUGGAUUUAGACGAAUGGGAGCACGUGACGUGUCUCAAAAACGUAGCCUUGGCCUAUGAGGGUACACGAUCAGGUUUGAAAGGAUACAUUGCAGUAGGCACAAAUUACAACUAUGGAGAAGAUAUUACGUCGCGAGGAAGGAUUUUGAUCUACGAUAUCAUAGAAGUCGUUCCGGAACCGGGUCAACCAUUGACAAAAAAUAAAUUCAAGGAAAUAUACGCCAAGGAUCAGAAAGGCCCUGUAACUGCUCUAUCACAAGUUAAAGGAUUUCUAGUAUCAGCUGUUGGACAGAAGAUUUACAUUUGGCAAUUGAAAGAUAAUGACCUAAUAGGAGUGGCUUUCAUAGAUACACAGAUUUAUACUCAUCAAAUUUUGACUAUCAAGAGUCUGCUCUUGAUAGCUGAUGUUUACAAAUCUAUAGCAUUAUUAAGAUUCCAGGAGGAAUAUAGAACACUGUCAUUAGUAUCUAGGGAUUUCAAACCAUGUGAAGUCUAUUCAAUAGAGUACAUGAUCGACAAUGCUAAUUUAGGAUUCUUGGUAUCUGAUCGAGAGAAGAAUUUAGUUUUGUAUAUGUACCAACCAGAAGCUAGAGAAUCACUUGGAGGUCAAAGGCUUUUAAGGAAAGCAGACUUUCAUUUAGGGCAGGGUGUAAAUACGUUUCUUAAGCUUAGGGCUAAAAUUGGAGAACUAGGUGAAGACAAGAAGCAUUUCUCAGGUGCAGAUAAAAGAUAUAUUACAAUGUUUGCAACUUUGGAUGGUGGUAUAGGAUAUAUAAUGCCAGUAUCUGAAAAAACUUAUAGAAGACUGCUCAUGUUACAAAAUGUUUUGGUUACUCAAGGCGCUCACAUAGCUGGACUUAAUCCCAAAGCUUACAGGACAUAUAAAUGUUGGAGGAAGCUACAGCAAAACCCUUCAAAGUCAGUCAUAGAUGGGGAUCUUGUUUGGAGUUUCUUACAACUUUCAAUAACCGAGAAAAUUGAGGUAUCAAAGAAAAUUGGUACAAAGAUAGACGAGUUAUUCGAGGAUCUUGCAGACAUUCAAAAACUGACAAAUCAUUUCUGAACCCUGUGUAUUAUGCCUAUAUAAUUAAUUUUAAUAUUAUGUAUUUGUAUAAAUAUGGGUUAUUUUCAUUUCUAGUUUUGUGAAGUACCUUAUCUUACAACAUGAGCAUGGCUAAUCAUGUGUAUGGACAAGAAUGGACUAGUCUAGGACAAGUCCUAUGCCAUUUUUCUUGGCCUUGUAAUUAUGUUUGCUCGAGGGGUAAACCCAAUGGCGAUCCAGUGUACAACCAGCUGAUUGUCCAUGAAUGUCUGUGGCUGUCCUUGGCUGCAUUUUUAGCUGGCCAUAGCUGUCCAUCAGUAAAUAGAUUUGGCAACAUCGUAAAAGUAGGUGCAGGUGCCUAUGCCGCAACAAGGGAGCGUUUAAUACAGUUCUAAAAUGUACUGAAUUUGCAUCACCUCUCAAAAGCAACAAUCCAUACCACUGGGUAUGGUUAUAGAUCAGACUAUUCCAAACCAGUGCUAGAAUGAAGGAUACGGAUGCGUGAGUAUCCUAAGGGGGGGACCCCAUGCAAUUUCACCUGUGAGAAUACGGUUGCUUCAUAAACUUUGAUUGGUGCAUUCUUGGGGGAGCUUUCGCCUCCCCAUUUUUCAAAUACAGGGUGUUCCUUAAUGACGUGCUAUUUAAGGAGGAGAUUCUUGAACUCAUUUUAAGAAAAAAAAUUAUACGAACGUAUGUCCUAAACGUCUUAACGUUUUUUUGAGAUACAGAGCAGCAAAGCUUUCAGAAAAAAAUCUGUAUUUUAUAUUAACUGUGAUAGUAUUGUAGAUAUCUUUAUGAUAUUUCGUACACAUCUUCUGUGCGUCAAGGUGCAUUUUCUGAUAAACAAACAUUUUUUACCUCUACCAUUUGCGUUCGUACGGGUUUUUCAUUGAAUAUUUUUGCAGAAAAAAUGUCACGCCACUGGUUUCUAUUUAAAUAUGAACCAUUUUUGAAAUUUUCAUUCAUUUCUGGGCAAACUAGAUCUCUUGUUUUUCUUUCAUCCGACGCAUGGUCUUCGAUUAAAAAUAAAAAUCGUCUUACUUCGGGGUCAAAUCUUUAAAAGCCGGAUGCGGUGACUGCUGUAUAGAAAUCGUUUGUGGAUCCGCUAAAAGAAAAUUAAGUGUUCAAAUUUGUUAAAAAAUGAAUGAGAAUUCCAAAAAAUAUUUUUUCUCGUCGAAUAUAUCGUUGUUGAUAUUAGAGGAAUUUGAUAGCUUGAAAGAAAGAAAACGCACUUCAGUCAGUAGAAAUAAUUUUUUUGUACAUAUAUCAGAAAAUACACCAUCGAGCAUAGAAGACGUGCAUAUAUAUAUAUAUAUAUACAUAUAUAUAUAUA